CUUCAGAAACGUGAGGUGCCGGGGGUCACGUGGGGAGCGCGCGCUCCAAUGAGGAUCCGGGGGCGGGGCCGAGGCCGCUGACGCGGCGGUGGCAGUGGAGUCACCCGGGCAGCCUCGGGACCGGUCACCGGCCGGCAACCGUCCAGCGGCCUCGACCACCGCCUCCGUGCUCACUGCUCUUCCCCGGCCCGAGAGACAGCGUGGCCGACUGUGGCUGGAUCCCCUCUCAUCCCUCUCGGUGGCUCGCCUCAGGCGGGCCGUUUUCGCCUCCGGGGCUGCCUCGGUGGGGCGAGGUUUCCGUGACGAACCUCCUGGGGCUGCCGGGGCCGGUCGGGGCCGUCGUGGAGGCUCGGGCUCGUGGAACGUACUCACUCCCCGGGCUCCGAGGCCCUCGAAGCGAUGCGCCUCGUGCCGGCGGUUGCUGCGGGCGCCGGCUCCUAAAGGGCGUCACACCCGGACUCCGCUGACGGCAGCCUCCAUUCAUCUCCCAGCUGCGAGUCCCGCGCCCUCUCCUCCUCCGACCCCCUCCUCGGAUUCAUUUUUUCCUUUUUUCCCCGUCCGCCGCCCUCUCCCCUCUUCUUGGGUGUGGCGGCUGCCCUGGAAGCAGAGGUGUAGGGUAUGAGCCGGCCCUUCCUUCCUUGAGUUUCUCGGUGGGGGAACUGGGCGAGGACACGCCCGCCGCCGCCGCGCCCCCGGGAUGGGGGUGAACGCCGUGCACUGGUUCCGAAAGGGGCUCCGGCUUCACGACAACCCCGCCCUGAAGGAGUGCAUUCAGGGCGCCAACACCAUCCGCUGCGUCUACAUCCUCGACCCCUGGUUCGCCGGCUCCUCCAAUGUGGGCAUCAACAGGUGGCGAUUUUUGCUUCAGUGUCUUGAAGACCUUGAUGCCAAUCUGCGAAAAUUAAAUUCUCGUUUGUUUGUGAUUCGUGGACAGCCAGCAGAUGUGUUUCCCAGACUUUUUAAGGAAUGGAACAUUACUAAACUUUCAAUUGAGUAUGAUUCUGAGCCUUUUGGAAAGGAACGAGAUGCAGCUAUUAAGAAACUGGCUACUGAAGCUGGAGUGGAAGUGAUUGUACGAAUUUCACAUACAUUAUAUGACCUGGACAAGAUCAUAGAACUCAAUGGUGGACAACCACCUCUUACUUAUAAAAGAUUCCAGACUCUCAUCAGCAAAAUGGAACCACUAGAGAUGCCCGUAGAGACAAUUACUUCUGAAGUGAUAGAAAAGUGUACAACUCCUCUGUCUGAUGACCAUGAUGAGAAAUAUGGAGUCCCUUCACUAGAAGAACUAGGUUUUGAUACAGAUGGCUUGCCCUCUGCAGUAUGGCCAGGCGGAGAAACUGAAGCACUUACACGUUUGGAAAGGCAUUUGGAAAGAAAAGCUUGGGUGGCAAACUUUGAAAGACCUCGAAUGAAUGCAAAUUCCCUGCUCGCUAGCCCUACUGGACUCAGUCCUUAUCUCCGAUUUGGUUGUUUGUCAUGUCGACUGUUUUACUUCAAACUAACAGAUCUAUACAAAAAGGUAAAGAAGAACAGUUCCCCUCCACUGUCCCUUUAUGGACAACUGUUAUGGCGUGAAUUUUUCUAUACAGCAGCAACAAAUAAUCCACGCUUUGAUAAAAUGGAAGGAAAUCCCAUCUGUGUUCAGAUUCCUUGGGAUAAAAAUCCUGAGGCUUUAGCAAAAUGGGCAGAAGGCCGGACAGGUUUUCCGUGGAUUGAUGCCAUCAUGACACAGCUUCGUCAGGAGGGUUGGAUUCACCAUUUAGCUAGACAUGCAGUGGCUUGCUUCCUGACCCGAGGUGACCUGUGGAUUAGUUGGGAAGAAGGAAUGAAGGUAUUUGAAGAAUUAUUGCUUGAUGCAGAUUGGAGCAUAAAUGCUGGAAGUUGGAUGUGGCUGUCUUGUAGUUCCUUUUUCCAACAGUUUUUUCACUGCUAUUGCCCUGUUGGUUUUGGUAGGAGAACAGAUCCCAAUGGAGACUAUAUCAGACGUUAUUUGCCUGUCCUAAGAGGUUUCCCUGCAAAAUAUAUCUAUGAUCCCUGGAAUGCACCAGAAGGUAUCCAAAAGGUAGCCAAAUGUUUGAUAGGAGUUAAUUACCCUAAACCAAUGGUGAAUCAUGCCGAGGCAAGCCGUUUAAAUAUUGAAAGGAUGAAGCAGAUCUAUCAGCAGCUUUCACGAUAUAGAGGACUAGGUCUUCUUGCAUCAGUGCCUUCUAAUCCUAAUGGGAAUGGAGGCCUCUUGGGGUAUUCUCCUGGAGAAAAUAUUUCAGGUUGUAGCAGCAGUGGAAGUUGCUCUCAAGGGAGUGGUAUUUUACAUUACGCUCAUGGAGACAAUCAGCAAACUCACCUAUUAAAGCAAGGAAGAAGCCCCAUGAGCACUGGUCUCAGCAGUGGGAAACGUCCUAGUGAGGAAGAGGACAUGCAGAGUAUCGGUUCUAAGGUCCAGCGACAGAGCACUAAUUAGAAAACAUUCAGGAGGAAUACUGUUGCAGCUGAAAUUGGUGGGGAGUUCACUACUUUUUUCAGUUAAAUUAUUUUAAAAUGUUCUUCAUUGAUGGAAAGCAGUUACAUUUUGAAAUGCAUUGUUUCUAAUGACAUUUCUGUAGUUUUAAACUUUUUAAUGAACUUCAUGUAGGACAAAUGAUAAUUUGUAUAUAAAGAACUUGGUAAAAAUUUUGCUUAAUGUAAAUAUAGUCACAAUUAAUAUAGACCCAUCAAUAUAUUUUUGAUAAUUUUUCAUGUAUGGUAAAAGUUAAAGUGGCAAACUGAUAUUCUGAUAUACAAACUGAAGUUUUGAAAGUCGAUGUGGGAAAAUAGGAGGUUUUUAGACUUUCUUAAAAGACUUUGUUAAAAUUUUAGGACAAAAUUUUCUUGACAUCAUUGUUUGAUCUAACUUUACACUCUUUGAUAAUGUUUUAGAAAAUGUGCACAAUCAAAAUUGGUAGUUAUAACCUCUGUUAACACAGACAAUAUAUGUUUUAAAUCUUCAUGUAUGCCUGUUUUGACCCAAAUCUGUGGAAGUAUCAUGUGUUAAGUUCUCCUUGUCUCCUUUUGUUCAUUUACAACUAAGUGACCUUGUUAUUAAAGUAUAUGCAUAUAUGGAA